UUAUUUUAUUUUUUAUAUUUUUUUCUAAUAUAAAAUAUUUUAGUCCAUAAAAGAAAAUGUUCAAGACUUACGAUAUUUGCUUGCCCAACAAAAAAUGGAAAAAAUAUACAGUAUCACUCUACUCGUCGUUGUCCGAUUUUAUAGAUAAAGUGGGGAAGGAGCACAAUUUUAAUAGCGAAAAUUAUUCGUUAAUUCACCGAGGUAACGAAUUGGAUAAAUCCCGCCAUUUUCAGACUUAUUCGAAUAUUCCUAAUAAUGGGCGAAUCGAGUUUAUAUCGAAAUCGCCUUCUUUGGGAGAUCCAAAUUCCGUACAAUCGAAUAUCUUAUUAAAAAAUGAGGCUUCGACUAGUUCGCAAAAUUAUUUAUUGAAAGAUAGUAAUGCUAUUAACCUCGCGUUGGUGAUAGAAAAGUCCCCGAAUUUUAAUUUUGAAGGGAAAAUACAAUUUAAGGUUAGCAGUAGCGACACGCUUUGGUCCAUACUGACUACAAAGCGCGAUGACUGCCAUGAUCCCAUUUUUAAACGACUCGCUCAAUAUUUAAUUAGUAAUUUUGGUAGUUAUAAGGAAUAUAUCCCGCAAGUAAUCUAUUUUAGACAAAUUAUAUGUGGCGUUAAGGAUUUGACCGACACCACGCUUCAAACAUUGGGGGUUCACGACGGAUCAGUUAGAAUUAAAUUUAAGUUUGUUCAUCAAGAAUCGAUAUUAAAGGAGAAUGAAGAACCACUCCAACAGAUGCCUAAAGGUCAUAUAUUUCCUUCAAAAAUAGUAAAUGCAUCUCUAUUAAAAUCGAAAUACGAUAAACUUUAUGAAAACAAACAAAGUAUUAAUAUAUCUACGUAUCAAUCGGAUUUCAAUAAUGUUUUAAAUGAAAAAACUUUUAAUACAAAACAAGAUAAUCUUAUUCAUAACGAUGGGCAUAAUUUUAAAACAAAAACCCAAAAUAAUCUGGAUGGUACUUACAAAAAGCUUAAAAUGACUCCUGACAUUCCCUCAACAUCCUUCAAUUAUCAACAAAAUCCUCAUAAUCCCGAUAAUUUGCCGCGCAAUAAUGAAAACCAACCGGCGAUUAUAAAAAGUGACAAUCAUAAAAAUAAUACGCCAUAUAAUUUAGAUACAAAAUCUUUCGCGAAAAUUAACGUCGACAACCUAUUUUCAUCCAUUACCCUAAAUAACACCAAUCCUCCCUUGGAUAGGAAAGCUUUUUAUUAUCUCAUGCCACUUAAUAAGGGCCUGGAAAAAUCAACUCUCGCUUCACAAGCCAUUCCUGACGAAUUUUUCGAAUUGACUGAACUAGAUGUUCGUUUUAUGUUGUCGGAUUUAGUGAAAAGGAGGCAGGAUCUAGAAAACGCGCCACUCAAAACUCGUGAGAUGAUGCAACUGGAAGCGAUGAAUAAGAUGCAUAGAUAUCCAAAAUGUCUAGUCAGAUUACAUUUGCCAAAGCAUAAUCCCAUGGUGGUUUUCGAAGAAUGUGACAGGGUGUAUAUUCAAGCUAUGUUCAGAUCCGAUGAAACUUUAUCAGAUUUGUACAAUUUUGUUAAAGAAAGCAUACCAGUAUUGAAGAUAGGUCAGACGUCGUUUUACUUAUUUACCGCACCUCCCAAACAUUUGUUGCAAAAUACAAAUCACAUUACGCUAUUCGAUGCCAAUCUAUAUCCUAGCACCAUAAUUCACAUUGGUUUUAAUCCAGGACUUAAGUCCGUUAAAAAUGAAUUGAACAAUACUAUUAAACUACCAAAAUAUUUAGCGAAGGAUGCUGAGUUAAUGAUGAACGAUUUUUUUGUAGAACUAGGAACGGAUAAAAAAUAGUUGAUUUUAAUAUAAAAUAUGUGAGAACAUUAUUUAUUGGUAAAAUUUUGAUAUAGGGUGACAUUAUUUAAUCGCUCAGAAUAAAUAAAUAAUUUCUUAUU